AUGGCGGGCGGCGGCGGCGACGUCGUCCCCGUCUCGCCGCGUACACAACAGCCAAGCAGAGGAGGGCGGCGGGGAGACCGCCAGAAAGCGGCGUGGCUCCCGCUCGACAUCAUCAUCGCGGAGAUCGCGGCGCGCUCCGACCCGGCCACCUUCGUGCGGUGCGCGGCCACGUGCAGGGACGCGCGCCGCCGCAUCGCCGAGGACCCCAGCCUCCAAGGCCGCCUAAGCCUCUGCGACACGGAGCGGUUCGUCCUCCCUCUCCUGCGCGGCCACAUGACGGGGAUCACGACCAACACCGGCGCCGGCGGGGAGAAGACGGACGUGUACAUGGUGGAUACCACCACCGGGGCGGACGCCACCCGUCUCGUCAAGGCCACCUUCACUGAGGCCGACGAGACGCUGAGGAACGUCGUGCCCCUGGACUCGCGCGGCGGUCUCGUCCUUGUUCGCAAUAACACGCAUCAUCAGCGACAGCUGCUCGUGUGCAACCUGGCUACCCGUCGCUGCCUGGCCCUCCCGCCGGAACCGGCGUUCCCGGACUCCGUCUGGAGUACGGGCAGCGUAACGUAUGUUCUGCUCGUCGGCAGCAGCUACGGCGAGGGUGCCGGUGCCGACGCCGCCGUCGGCCGGCCUUUCCUAAGUGCUCAAGGCGAAGCUAGUGCUGUCACAGUACUGUUCUUACCGUCGCCUCCUGGUGCACACCUUCUCGUCCGAGCACGGCGCAUGGUCCCCGCUCACGGAGAUCCCGACUCCUAA